AUGGCUUACAACUUUGUCGACACUCCGCGCACCGACAUGGCCGACUUGACGCGAUUCGAUGCCGAUGCUCUGUCCUUCUCCAUGGAGCAGCCCUUCCCUUCGCCCUCCAAGGAUCCAAAGAAUGACCUCGUACGCCAAAUGAAAGCUCGGCAAGGCGCCGCACAGUCUAUCAAAACUCCGCGCGCACGCAACAACCUGGUUAAUGCCAGGAACGGGCCGUCGAAGAACGAGUUCACUCCUUUACUAAAGAGUGCCGCACACAACCGCUUCCGCUCAAGAGAAAACAAGGAAAAUCACAACGACUUGCUCAACAGCGUUCUGAGUGGUCGCGCCCCUGCCACGCCUGCUUACCUCAAGCCGGGCUGGGUCGAGUCGCACACUCCGGGACUGCCUGUCAACAGCAGUAUCAUGGAUCACGAUCACACUGGUAGUUCGCAAGGCGAAGGCACACCAGUUCCACCCGCUAUCGCAAGUAGUAGUAUCAUGUCUACGCCCAUGCCAAUGCUGCCACACAGAGACGGAGGCUUGGUCGACCAGGGAAACGUUCUCACGCUACGAGAGCAAGAAGCUAAACUCGACGCCGUAACGAAAGAGAACUUCAACCUGAAGCUCAAGAUCCAUUUCCUCGACGAGAACCUGAAGCGUACUGGAACCGAAUACCAACAAGAGGUCAUCAAGCAGAACACCGAGCUGAAAACCGACAACACCCAACUCUCCCACGAGCUGAAGAAGCAGCGAAAAGUCAUCGAGCGUGCCGAGAUUGAACUAGAGCAAUACCGUCAACAACUUCGCGAUUAUGCUGAGAAGGUCAAGAGGAAGCACACGGAUGACAUAGUCAAGGAAGAGAUGGAGCGCUUGCGUCAACAGGCCGAAAAGAAUCAAAACUUGGCGGACGAGCGAGAGGAGCAGAUCAAUGAACUACAACACAGACUCAACAAUGCUGGAAGCUCCUCGAACGAGAAGGUCAAGGAUCUUGAAGAUGAUGUUGCCGACCUCGAAGCGGAGAUCCGUGCAAAGGAGAUCGACCUAGACACAAAGGACGAGCAGAUUGAAAAGCUGCAACAGAAGUUGAAGGAGGCACAAUCUGAUGAUGGUGAAGUCAACGGUCUGCGCGACGACAUUGCCGAUCUCGAAGCCGACGAGCUCAAUGGUCUGCGCGAAGACGUCGCCGCCCUUGAAGCCGAUCUCGAAACCCGAGAACGCGAGCUGCUGGAGCACCGAGAAGAAAUUGAGGAACUCAAACAACAAGCAAGAAGCGCACAAAAUACGGACCGUUCCACGAAAAAGCUACGAGGUAGUCUGGAAGAAUUGGAGAACCAGCUCAGAGACAAAGACCAAGUCAUCGAUCAGAAGCACAAUGAGCUGCGUGCGUUGGAAAAGCGACUCCAGAGUUCAGAAGCUGCCCAUACCGCCGAAGUGCGCGAGGUCGAGAGCGAACUACAAGAGAAGGAUUACUCGAUCGAGCAGAAGGACGGUGAGAUCAGGGCCUUGCAGGAUCGUUUACAGACAGCAAGAGGUAGCUGGGACGCCGAGGCGAUGCAGACUGACGCCCGUUUGCAAGAGAAGGAUCAAAUCGUCUACGAAAAAGAAUCGCAUCUCCGUGAAGCUACACGCAUGAUCGAUGAGCGGAACCGCGAGAUCUCGGACCUAAAGCAGAGUCUCAAAUCCAUCGAGAACGACACCAGCGCACAGGCUCAACAAUAUAGGCAGCAAAACGAGCAGAUUCGACAGCUCCAGGAACGCUUACGAUCAACCGAAACCAGUGCAGGUGCCGAGCGGGAUGAAAAAUCAGACAUCAUCGCCUCGAAGGACCGCGAGAUCCGCAACCUGCAAUCGAGACUUCGUAGCCAAGAAGGAGACGAGAGCAAUGAAAUUCGACUGAAGACGGAACACAUCGAACAGCUCGAGAAGGACAUACAUCUGAAGAACCAGCAGGCCCUGCAACUAAACACUGAGUUGCGUGCUCUCAAGGAUCGCGUGGCUGGCACGGAGUCACCGACAAAGAAGAACUCUAUGCUUAGUCAACAAGCAGAACAGAUUCGUAACCUCCAGCAAGCUCUUCGCGCUUUGUCUGGCGAAAAGGAUGCUGAGUUGAAUGAGCUUGAAAAGCAUUUGCAGUCCGCCGAGACUGAACUGGACGCUCAUACCAAGAGAAUUCAACAACUGCAAGAACGUCUCAGAUCAGCAGAAAAGGACCAAUCUUUCGCCGGCCACAUGGACGAAGAUAUGCAAAAGAAGCAAAAGACUAUCGAGCAGCAAGAAGACCAGCUGUUGGACCUGCAGACGAAGCUUCGCAAAGCCUUGCAAGAGAGGGAGUCUGAGGUGAUCACCUUCGAAUCGCGUCUCCGCCAGGCCAAGCAAGAGGCUGAACAGGAGAAGCAACAGCUCAGUCACGACCACGAAGAGGCUUUGGAAGCUCUCGAAGACGAGAUCAUUGUUCUGGAGUCGAAUGUUGAAGAAGCGCAAAGCGAGAGAUCAGCUUUGCAGCAAAAAAUCCAACUUCUAGAAAGAGAUCUUGUGGCAUCGAAGCAGAACGGCACACCAGUACGCGAACGCAACGAGCUGCGUUUGAAGCUGAGAAACGCCGACAUGGAACGACAGAACCUGAAGAGUCAGAUACAAGAUCUCGAGCGCGAGCUUGAUGCAGCCUGGCAAGCCAAGGAGAAUGGCACACCCGUACGUGAGCGUAAUGAGCUACGAUCGAAGCUAAGAGAGUCGCAAACCGAGAUCUCCAAGCUUCAAAACCGCAUCCAGUCUCUCGAGUUUGACUUGGAAUCCGCCCAAGCUGACAAGACGAUGGCCGAUGAGCGCAUGGACCUACAUGAGUCUCUCAAGGAAGCCAAGAUUGAAGCCGAAGACCUACAGCUACAGAUUUCAGAUCGCGACAAGAAGAUUGCCGCUCUGUCAAAGAAGGAGAGCGAGGCCAAGAUCCACCUCGACGAGGCACAAAGUCGUUUGCAAUCAUCUCUCAGCCGCGAGAACGAGUUGCGCUCCAAGCUCAAGAACGUUCGUGGCGAAGCUGAUGAUACACGCACGAUCAACCAACGGGAAGUUCGCAGUCUGAUAGAGACCAAGGAGAAGACGCAUGCAAGCGAGCUCAAGGGACUUGCCAAACAGAUCCAAUACAUGCGGGCCAAGUGCGAGCGCGAGGAAGCAUUCCGCAAGGAUUUGGUGUUUAGCAAACGCUGGUUUUUGAUGCAGGUGGAGAUGUAUGGUGCAUGCAACAAAGCAGAUCUCAAGCUACUGGAGGAGAUGGGAGUAACACCAAAGACCAAGACCAAGGAACACAAACCUAGUCUAAAGUCGGUGGCAUACAUGAUCAUGGCUACCGUACGCAUGCGCAAGAUGCAGGAAGCGUGGUCGGGCAACAAGAAGCUGCACGAGACGUUGAUGAAGAAGUUGGAUGGCAUGAGACGGAAGCAAGGCAAGACGCCGCUACGAUGA